GUGCUGGGCGACUGUUGUUUCCGCACUGGAUGUCACCGAAAUAUGGGCUGUAGAAUAUCUACUGAAGGUAUUUCGCUCGGACUUAUGUAGUACGCGACGCGAGGAAGAAGUAAGUGCGAAAGUCCAAAUGGAUCUGUGCUGAAAUCAGUUCCAUUGUGACGGUGAGUGUCGUGUUGUGAACGCUGUGAUUUUUAAUCAGGUGGUUGGUUACAUACCACGCAGGUGUUUCGCCUCCUCCACAAUCUGGCUCGCGGUUCCUCGCUUCCGCCUGUAUUUGACGGAUUGCUCUAAUUCAACACGCAAUGACGACGUAAUACACGGGCUCUUUGAACGGCUGCGACAGCGGCUACAGGGUGAAAGUGGUGUAAGGUUUCAGCCUUCCCCAGCCCGUAGCGCAGAUCGCCAAAGAUAAACCUCCGGCCGAACGGUCGGUUGCUGUUAGCCUGAGAUCGCCACCUUCGAGGAAACUACUAAUGAAAAACAUGAAUAGAAUCCUCCGAAAGCACGGUGUUGGGCGGAGGAUCGUCGGAGUCGGCGCCGCAGCCCGGCCGCAGUUGUGAAGCCGUGCGAUGUGCGGCUGAAGGGCACCGUUUGGUCGUCUUUGCCCUGCGAAGAAGGGCUCGACGUCGCAAUGAGCUGGCUUAGGGCGAGCCUGCGGCGCAGCAGACUGCCGAUCCUGCGUAAUGUGGAGCCAGAGACCGUACUCGAAGCCUUCAGGAUGCAUUGGCUUCGGGCACUGCAAGUCAUCGACAAGUCCAAUAGUUCGGCCCUGAAGCCGACGUCGGACGACAUCACGGGUGUGCUGAACCACCUGGAUCAGAUGGUGAACUUCCUGGUGGAGGAGGCGAGGGAUGGGCCCAAUCCACCGCAGGGGGGCAUGUGCCCCUCCUCUGCCGGACCCAUCCUGGACUACAUGCUCAUGGAGGGAGUCCUAGACAGGCUCUUCCAGUGGUCCCUCUACACGGGCGAGUUCCUCAACAACCUCAAGCUGGAGCAGCUCAGGAUCUACGAGGUGCUCGUCAGCCAUUCGAAUCACGAGCUGCUGCUGCAGCAGCCAUUCCUUCGCCCCCUCCUUCACCUCCUCGCCUCCUGUGCCGACUGUGCUCCGCUGGAAGUGGAAAAGCGGCUCGUCGUGCUGUUGAACACGCUGUGCGUCUGCCUCUCCCAGCAUCCGCAACUACUCGAGGUCUUCUUCAGCGCCAGCUCGGACCAGGGCCCCGCCAGUUCGACAGUGAGGUUCCACUUUUGCACGGCCGCAGACUGUUUCGAGAACUUGCCUUCUCCAAUGGGAGGGGGAACUCCUUCAGGGGGGUUCCUGAUCUUCUCGCUGCUCAUCCCCUUUGUGCACCGAGAGGGCGCCAUCGGUCAGCAGGCCAGGGAUGCCCUGCUCCUGUGCAUGUCGCUCUCGCGCAAAAACCAGGGCAUCGGCCGCUACAUCGCGGAGCACUCAAACUUCUGCCCCGUGCUGGCAACCGGCUUGAGUGGCCUGUACUCGGUACUUCCACGCAAGCUGACAAUUGUGGCGGACGACUGGUACCGACUGACGCACGAGGACAUUCAGGAGAUACCCGAACUGGCCAUGUUCCUCAACUCUCUCGAGUUCUGCAAUGCCGUCAUCCAAGUUUCAGAUCCGAUGGUUCAAGAGCAGCUGUUGGAGUACAUCUACCAGGGGUUUUUGAUACCCGUGGUGGGGCCUGCAUUGCAUCAGGACACUGCGGAUAUAGACAUUGAGACACUCGAGAGCUGCAACCUUUUUGCGAACACCAUGGAAGAGAUUGUGACUGCCACCUCCUACCUGGACCUGUUCCUUCGGACGGUGACGGAGCCACAGCUACUCUUGGUGUUCUUCCGGUUCCUUCUGACCGAAAGAUACGAAGGUCACAGGAUCCUGACAACCUUGAUCAGUCGCAUCGGUGGACUUUCGAGGCUGUGUCUGGUGACCAUGGCGUUGUUUCGGACCCUUCUCGACUUCAACUGCGAGGACAUCAUGCUGGAGCUGGUCCUCAAGUACCUGGUUCCCUGCUCGCACGUGAUGGUGAGCCAGCGCAGCCGCGUCUGCGACGUGGACCUCUACAGCUGCGCUGCGGAGAAGUUCCUCUCCCUGGUGCCGGCCUGCUGCUCAUGCGCAGAAGACGCGCCGACACCGCUGUCCUCCCUCCUGUCCGUCGAGAAAGUGACGCGCGGAGGAAGUCUCCAAGUUCGCAGCCGCCGACCCCGCCGCUCCUUCUCCGGAGUCCUGGGCAGCUACGAGGCGGGAGAUGCUCCGCGCGGACUCCCAUUGUCGCAGACGAUGAUGGCGCUCAACGGAACAUCGGUGCCGUCUUCAGCGCCAAAGGGCUACACGGGCUACCACCUCUACCUCGCAGAUGCGCGCAGUGGUGUUCGUUCGACGCGACGCGCCUGCUUGAACUGGUCUUCGUCGUACGACGGCGCUUCAGAUCUAAAUGGCGUUGCUUCUGCGACGACGAGGGUCGAGGCGAAAGCAGACGAUGCGAAAGCAGACGACGCAAAGACGGACGAAGCAUUGGCGGAGGACUGUUCGGUCUCGGCAGGGGACUCCGGGAUCUUCGUGACGCGGGAGUGGUCGACGGCGGCGGCGGGCGGAAAGGGAGGCUUCGACGCGUUUGGAAGCCCCAACAUCGGUCCGUUCCUGGGCGUGCUACUGGCCCGACUGGAGAUGAUGCCGCAGAACGACGUCUACACGAACCUGCAGUUGACGGCGCUCAUUGGGCGGCUAGCGCUGUACCCACAGCCGCUGCUGCGCUCGUUUCUGCUGAGUCACUCCCUCGUGUUCCAGCCGAGUGUGCGGUCCCUCUUCCAGGUGCUGGGCUCACUGAAGCACAAGGUGGAUAGCCUGUCCUACACACUGCCAAACUUCGAGGAGCUGUUGUCCAGGGCGCGCUUAUUCUUCGCGACGAGGGAGGAGAGGCUACUCGCGGACGCACCGCCAAGGCUCUACGGAGACAAGCCCGUGCACCGCAGCCACAGCUUUGGGCCGGACCUCAACAGGGGAGAACCGAAGAGGCGCAGCCUGGGCAGCCUGUUCCGGCGGCUGGGGCCGCCCAAGGCCACACCGAGCCCCGUGCUGCUAGAAACCGACCAGCACCAUUACAGGUUUUUUCCGAGGCCCCCCACGAGCGAGACAAGCGAAGAGGACGUGCGGCUCGAAUCGGUCAAGACGCAGAAUGCGGUGCUGUGCGCGGUGGUUCUGGAAGAGUUCCUCAAGGAGUUGGCGGCCAUCAGCCAAGAGCAUGCCAUCCAGCAACUCUCCUCGUGACCGCCGGGCUCCGUCGUCGUCCGCUUCUCAAUGGACAUGGCCUCUGGACGCUUUUCCCACGGGAGGCGACGCUCUGUAAUACCGCGGCGCGAAUGGCCUACUGUUACUGUUUGUUGUCAAGUAGCGCCGUUGUUGGCUGAAAGAAAGUAGAGCUUACAGGUCGUCUGCCACGAGCAACGGGUUUUUCGUUGAACCUUAGCAUUGCUCACGAAAUUUGCUAAGAGCUGGCCACGUCGUCUUUCGGUCUCAAGUCUGUAUAAAGUUAGUGUACAUAGGGUUUGUUUGGGGAGCAGAGCCACCUUGUAUCGCGGGAGCAACUUUGAAAAACACAAUAGACGCGCGACCACUCGAGCAACUGCUGCAGACCAAUUUAUGAGGACAAGCAAAACGUUCUAGACUGUGGUUCAGUCUCUUUUGCUCAUGGUUUGAAGGUAGAAGUUACCCUGUCGCCUCGCAAACACGUUUUUUGUGGACAGCGUCACUUUUCAAACGUGAUUGAACGGUAGGUUUCUGGAAUUGCGUGUCUUUACCCGUUCUUGCAUCGGAACGUUGCGAACGUUCCUCUUAGCUCAAAGACUGUGACCGUCUCCAAUUGUGACUCAGAUUACAAGUGUAGCGGGUUUCUUGCUUAAAAGAUAAGUUGAGAGAUUGGGAGUGUGCAGUUCUGUGUUGUUGGCAAUGCUCAGCAGUUCCUGAAUCCUCAGGUGCAGGAAGACGAGUGCUUUAGAGCAUUGCACCGAAGCGCUGCAGUAUAGCCAUCUUGUAGGAAGUUACGUCGACAGUGGCUUGGGAUGGAAGGAUGAUGGCAUCAGAUGUGCUUCUACAAGUUAAAUGCAUUCGAGACAACAGGUUUCGUGCUUUUGGAAGUGGGUUAGUUUUGUACAUAUGGUAGUAUUUCAGUUACCGACUACUAAUAAAAUAAUUUUUUUAAGCAUAUUUUAGAGAUUUAUUAUAUAAUGUUUAGCAUUUCGAGACAUUGAUGAAUUUGGACGAGAUAGUAGUUUUGCAACCACAUCAUUUUGAGCCGAGGUUUCUUUGCUGUGCUUUUUGUAAAGGUAGCAAAGAGACAGUUUAGGUAUUAAAACAAAGGUAUGCAAGUAUGAAGCAUUGUGUGAUGUUUCCUGUAUAUAUAGACGAAUACUGGUAGCAAAAAUUAUUUUUGCGACAUUCUUUUGGUGUGCAGAUGCAUUUGUAGUGACCAGUUUAUGUGUAAUUUCGUGACGGAAGAGAGUUUUCAUACGCAGCUUCUGUGGUUUGACAUACGUUUUAAAGAGGCAGAGGACGAUAAAGUGAAAGUUUGUUUGUCUUAUCCGGUGUCCGUUCACAGGUGCGUUAGCUGCAUUGGCAAGAGCAGGCAGGAGGCAAAAAGUCUGAAGCCAAAAUUUAUGAAAGCUAGCCAAAAUUUUUAUGAUUUGUCUACAUUGUGGCUUUUCUGCGUUAUCGGCUUUGUCUUAAUAGUUCUUAACAGAUCAGCAAAAGAAAACACUUUCGCCUGUUAUUCCCAUUCGAUUCUGCUCGUGAGAACCAGUGCUCCGUGACCAAAAGCUCUAAAAAAAAACAUGAACUCGCCGCUUGAGCACAGUGUGUAGACGGGAUAAACCUUGUGAUAUACGUCCACAGUUGAGAUGUUCCAUUCCCUGUUGAAUACUUUGUGCCUAGUUGUUGUUUUGCUGUAACGAUUGCAGUAGUAGUACUGGCUCGUAGCACAGCCUGUUCUUACUUGUUUUCGGGUGCAUGUGCAUGCUCACGACUCGAGGCCUUGUGCCAGCUUGUCGGAUGCCAUGGAUGGAGGAUGCGGGGAGUAUUGUGCGCAAAGAGGCCACGUUGAACAUGGCGAGGUAUUGGAGUUAGAAAGUCCCAGGAUGCACCAUUUGCAUAAGUUAUUGCAAGGACGCCAGAGGCUUUAGUUUGCGGUGUGCUACCACGUUAGCUGGCAAGGUUAAAGCGUCGCAAAGAAGCGGCCUCGCUGGCGCACAUACUUCCGUGCAGUGGACUGCGCGCAAAGGUUUCUCAUCUCGACUCCAUGGCACCUAUGCCAGUUAUGCAUUAAUUUAUUUAGGACGACAAGAGUUAUUUAUGAAUUGCGGCAUAUAGUGAUUGCGCCGACUCGCUUGAUCUCCAGUGUUUUUCUUGUUCUGUUGCUGCCUCGAGUAUUUGCUGAAUGGUUCGAGCACCGUUGUGUACCAGUGCAUUCAGCCGAAGUGACGCACGACAAUGUGGGACGCGACACAAAAAUGUACAGCUAGCGUUUUCAACUAGGCUACAUUUGGCCGUGAUGGCAAGAAACAAGGCAACGCCUCUGGGGAAGAUCUCUCGUGCAAUCUAAAAAGCAUCUGAAGCAGCGUCUGUCUUUUUCAGAGGCCAGUUUUACAGUGGCAGCGAUUUCUAAAUUUGUUUAUAGUUUGCAGGAUGCUUUUUUCUGGUGUUGCUUUCAUGAAACCAAAUGUUCACCAAAACAGUGAUGUCAACAAAAUGUGCAGAUACCGCAUCUUUUUCAGUUUCUUGAAGAAAGAGUUCGUACGAGGAUGUCUCGACGUAAUUUUGUCUGGUUUUCAUUAAAUAUUUGUUAUUGGAA